AUGCACGGCCUCGGGCUUCUGCUGCUUGCUGCACUGUGGCUACAGGAGGUCGCCCCCAGGGCCACCCUGCCCCAUGUGGAGCAGUACGUGGUGGUGAGGCCCCGGCGCCUGCCAGCACCCCGCACCCGCCGAGCCCUGCCCUCCCACUUGGGCCAGUACCCGGAGAGUGUGAGCUACGUUCUGGGGGCCCGAGGGCACACCUUCACCCUGCACCUUCGGAAGAACAGGGACCUGGUGGGCUCGGGCUAUGUGGAGACCUACACGGCCGCCGAUGGCUCCCAGGUGACAGAGCAGCUGCCAAGGCAGGACCACUGCUUGUACCAGGGCAACGUGGAGGGGCACCAGGGCUCCGCUGCCAGCCUCAGCACCUGCGCCGGGCUCAGGGGCUUCUUCCAGGCCGGCUCCACCGUCCACCUGAUCGAGCCCCUGGAUGGGGGCGGGGAAGAGGGGCAACACGCGCUGUACCAGGCACAGCACCUGCAGCAGAAGGCCGGCACCUGCGGGGUCAACGACAGCAGCCUGGAGACCAUCCUGGGGCCGCGGGUCUCGGCGGCCCUCAGGCCCCGGAACUGGCCAGUGCCCCGAGAGACCCACUACGUGGAGCUGUUUGUGGUCACGGACAGCACAGAGUUCCAGCGGUUGGGGAGCAGAGAGGCUGUGCGCCAGCGGGUGCUGGAGGUGGUCAACCACGUGGACAAGCUUUAUCAGGAGCUCGAUUUCCGCGUGGUGCUCGUGGGCCUGGAGAUGUGGAACGGUGGGGACAAGAUUGAUGUCAGCACCCAGGCCGACACCACACUGAACAACUUCCUGUCCUGGCGGGUGCAAGACCUGGCGGGGCGGCACCUGCACGACAACGCGCAGUUCAUCACCGGGGUCAACUUUGCAGGGACCACCGUGGGACUGGCCAGGGUGUCCACCAUGUGCUCCCAGGAUUCGGGGGCUGUGAACCAGGACCACAGCCCGAACCCCAUCGGCGUGGCGAGCACCAUGGCCCACGAGAUGGGCCACAACCUGGGCAUGGACCACGACGAGAACAUCCAGGACUGCUACUGCCCGGUGCUGCAGGACAGCGGCGGCUGCGUGAUGGCGGCCAGCAUUGGCUCCAACUUCCCCAGAAAGUUCAGCCACUGCAGCCGGGCUGACCUGGAGACGUUCGUGGAGAAGCCCCAGACAGCCUGCCUGGUGGACGCCCCGGACCCCGACCGGCUGGUGGGCGGCCCUGUGUGUGGGAACCGGUUCCUGGAGCGUGGGGAGCAGUGCGACUGCGGCGCCCCCCAGGACUGUCAGAACCGCUGCUGCAACGCCAGUACCUGCCUGCUGGCCGAGGGGGCCGAGUGUGCCCACGGCAGCUGCUGCCGCGAGUGCAGGGUGAAGCCGGCCGGAGAGCCGUGCCGCCCUGCAAAGGACCAGUGUGACCUCGGGGAGUACUGCGACGGCAGGCAGCCCAUGUGUCCCGAGGACGCCUUCUGGGAGAACGGCACGCCCUGCCCGGGGGGCUACUGCUACAACGGGGCCUGCCCCACGGUGGCCCAGAGGUGCCGGGACUUGUGGGGGCCAGGCGCUCGGGUUGCCGUGGAGACGUGCUACAGUUACAGCAUCUCCGCAGGCUGCAGGGGCAGGAUCCCCCUGGACUUUGGCAGGGUCAACAGGUGUGGCACUCUGUUCUGUGAGGCGGGGCGGAAGCCCCCAGAGUGGAGUUCCUGCACCCUCACCUCCUCCUCGGGUGAUUGCCAGGCUCUUGUCCAGGACAGCAGCAGCGCGUACGAGCCAGUGCCAGAAGGCACCAAGUGUGGCAAGGAGCAGGUUUGCUGGAAAGGCUUCUGCCAGGACCUCCGUGUCUACAGAUCCAGAAACUGCUCUGCCCGGUGUAGCAACCAUGGGGUGUGCAACCACAAGGACCAGUGCCACUGCCACCCGGGCUGGGCCCCGCCCUACUGCGCAGAGCUGCUGUCUAACGUGCGCACAGCAUCCCGGAGCCUCCUGGUGGGUGUGCUGGUGCCUGUGGCACUCCUGGUGCCUCUGGCGCUGACCCUGGCAGGCGUGGUCAUCUACCGCAAAGCCCGGCGCCCCGUCCGAAGGAGGAAUGUGGCGCCCAAGACGGCCAUGGGGCUCUCCAACCCCCUGUUCCACGAGGGGCACAGGACACCAGUGAAGGGCAGGGCCCCGGCUCCCACCAGAGGGCCCCCAGAGCCAGGCCUUUCCUCCCACCCCAGCCAGCCACCCAAACCCACGGCUUCCGCAGUGACCCCUAAGUGGCCACCUUCUGCUCUCCGAAGCCAGGGCUCCCUGGAGGUGGCCGCCCUGAGACCCAGCCUCAUGGCCGGCUUCCUACAGCCUCCAACUGCUAUAUCCAGCCCACCGUCCCCAGUUCCUGUGUAUACCCGGCAGGCCCCAGGCCAGCAGCUCAGACCUGCUCCUCCCACCAAGUCCCUCCCAGGGCUGAAGGCCAAGCAGGUCGUCAAGCCAACCUGCACUCCACCGAUGCCACCCGUCAAGCCCAGGGCUGGAGGGGCCCAGCCUGGGCCCACUCAGGAACGGGGGCCAGGCCAGUGCCUCCUCACCCACGUGUGUCUCCAGACUGCCCCUGCAACCCGGUCCGCCCGCGCGGAGCGGGCCGCUAGCACCCAAGGUGGCCGGCGCCCCUCCCCUUCCGACCCCGCUCCGGUCUCCCGGCAACGGCCCGACCACCCUCCCGGCCCCACGCUGGGCGCCGGCGUGCUGGGCGCCGCCAGGCCGAGCCCCCCGGCCCAGCCGCCGCUGCUGCCCGGCGCCCUCCGUGGCCUCUACGCCUGGCUGGACGCACUGUCGCUCAGCCGCCGCAAGCGCCACCUGGCCCGGGACUUCAGCGACGGCGGUGAGGGCGGGGCGGCGGCCACGACGGGGCCGGGGGCCGGGGUGACCGCCGGUUGUCCAGGCCACAGGGCCGGCGCCGUGAUGCUGGCUGAGAUUGUGAAGCUCUUCCGCCCCCGGCUUGUGGACCUGCCCAAUUACACCCCCACCUGCAACACGGACCAGAAGCUCAGCAACUGA